UCGAGCUAAGAGGGAGCUCCGCCUUGGCCAGAGACGGCUGGGAGGGGAGGGUUCAUUUUCGUGUAUGAUCGAUCAGAGUCUCCUUUGCUUUCUCUCUCUCUCCCGUCUGAUCCAAUCGAUCCCCGCUCCGGCACCGAUUAGAUUUUCCGGCAACCAAGGACAAGAGAGAGCGAGAGAGCGAGCGAGCCACAUUCUUCUCCCCUUCUUUCAGAACCCUGCCCUGCAUUCAUUGCUCAUCGUUUCCCUCCCCCAUUAUCAAUCUCGCACACGGAUCAUACAGAUACUCUUUCCUGCUUUCCACCGCUGAAUUAAAAAAAAAAAAAAAAAAAUUGCAACACUAAUCCAAGGCUUUCUAAUUCUCAUGCAUUUUGAUGAUAUUUUGAGUGAAUACUGAAAUAUGAUAUUGAAUGCAUAACCGGGUUGGUUAUACGAUGCCGUUUGAAUUGAAUUUUACGUUUUCUCUCUGAAUUGGUGAUUUGUCGGUGACUUUGGAGAAUCCUGUGUUGUUGAUCUCUGCCGUGAUUGCGAAGGAAUAUGUAUCAAACGUCCAAUGCACCUGCGCAUGAUCUAGCUAGCACCAACCGGCGAAUGAUCGACGUUAAUUCUCCAAACCUCCGACUUUAUCAAGUCUGGAAAGGAAGUAAUAAAUUCUUCUUUGGGGGCAGACUUAUAUUUGGACCGGAUUUCAAAUCAAUAUGUUUCACAUUGUGCUUAAUUUUGGUUCCAGUACUCUUGUUUUGUGUUUUUGUUGCAGAAGGACUUAUGAAUAAACUCCCCAACCGAGUAGGCUAUAUUCUUCUAGCAGUAGCAGUUCUUUUUACUUCCUAUAUUAUUAUUCUUCUGUUUCUCACUUCGGGAAGUGAUCCUGGAAUAAUUCCCCGAAAUUCCCACCCCCCGGAACCAGAUGAUGAAGCAGAUACAUCAAGUAUCUCAACUGACUGGGCAGGGAGUACUCAGAGUGGUAUGAGUUUACCCCCAACAAAAAGUGUUACAGUCAAUGGGAUAGUUGUGAGGGUCAAAUACUGUCAAACAUGCAUGCUAUACCGCCCACCACGCUGCUCUCAUUGUUCUAUAUGUAACAACUGUGUUGAACGCUUUGAUCACCAUUGCCCGUGGGUGGGACAAUGUAUUGGAAAGAGAAAUUAUCGGCACUUUUUCAUGUUUGUUUCCUCUACGACUCUCUUGUGCCUGUACAUAUUCACUUGCUGUUGUGUAAACAUUAGACUGAUAAUGAAAUCAGGAAAUUUCUCUUUCUGGAAGGCUUUUACCAAAUCACCUUGUUCAGGAAUUCUUAUGAUGUAUACAUUCAUUGUUUCUUGGUUUGUUGGAGGUCUCACUUCAUUUCACAUAUACCUGAUUCUCACAAAUCAGACAACAUAUGAGAAUUUCAGAUACCGCUAUGAGAGGAAGAUGAAUCCCUAUAACAUUGGAGUUGCCCACAAUUUGAGGGAUGUCUUUUGCUCUAAGAUUCCUGCUUCUAAGAACGACUUCCGUGCAAAGGUGAGAGCUGAUUUUGGUUCAAGCUUCAACAGUUCAACAUACCCAAGCAGCUCCUUGAGCUCAGAUAUGUCCAAAGUAAGCCACAACGUAGAUAUAGACAAAAGACAGGCUGUUGAGAAAAAUGAAUUUGAAGACAUACGAAAACAGAUUAAGAGCAUUGGUGACUUAGAGAGAUGUGAACCCCAACCUAAACGCAACAACUGGGACGAUAAACGGGAGAGAAGUCCCGAAUCACAUUUAACGAAUGUCGAUAAUCAGGUAGAACAUGGUGCAAAGGACAGGGAGAAGAUCACCAGAGCACGCUGACAGUUGAAUUCUGUCCUUCAAGGCUCCAAAAAAGUUGGACACUGGCCUUAAUCUCGAGGUGUUCUGAAGAUUUUGCUUGGGGAAAAAGUAGUGGACUAUUACUAGUGCUCCUGCCUAAGACUACAAGUAAUGCAAUGUAGUGGCCGGAACUCCCUCCAAGUGGUUUUCUGGCGUAGGGAGCUGGCUUUAAGGGCUUCUUAGGAUUUGAAGUGAUGACCAGAGAACAUAUUUUCUUUCUGGCGUGGGGACAGUGAUGUUUGUUGUAGUGUGCUAUUUGUACGCUGUUCGAUAUGCUUUUUAUAUUGUGUAUGGUUAGCAAUUCACUUAAAUCAGGAUUAGAAACGGGGAAUCAAUCUUUUGUAGUUUACUGCAUUUUCUUUCUUUCUCCUCA